AUGGCUACUCUCCAAGACAGAGCAACUGUUCUGAGCUCUAGUGUGUUGAGGAUUCUCGGGUACAUCUUCCUGAGAUGGAUCCCUGGCCAUCAUCUCCCUCCUCUCAUCUACGGCCUAUUCGCAAUCUACAUUCCCUCUUUCAUCGCCAGCUUCGUUACGCUUCCCCAAUACAACGUUCUAGAGGAUGACAUAGACAUUAUCGUUACGGAGAAGGAAGUGGAGGAUCAACCUCUUGCUCAUAAUCUGCGAAGCAAAGACAACCAAGACGUACCCACGCAUGUGGAGGAGGAAGUCGAAAUCGACGAGACAAUUAUAUUGGAGGAGAAGGCACCUCGACCCUGGCGUACCCUCUUGACUGGCCUGCCAGAUCCCAACUCGGCAGCACUGUCACUCCUUACAUUGUUGAUAAAUGUUGCCUUGGUAUUGGCUGUCACGGAUCUCAUAUACAGUCCGAAUGCAUUUCAUCCUACGCAGAAUCUUUCGUUUGCUCGACUUGGGUAUGUCUCCUCUACCCAGGCAAGUUUGCUGGUUAGGGAACCAGACUUGUCCCAGUUGCCAAUCUUUGUUUCCUAUCGAUUGGCCUCUCCAGCGGCUACCUACGAAGAUCCAGCUUGGCAAUCUGCGGGGACAAUUACCUCCCUUGACAAUUCCACCGACUAUACAAAGGCUGUUACCUUUCCUCUACCCCAGCACCCGGAUAGAACAUAUCAAUGGGCAACAUCCAACAACCAUACUGGAUUUUUCGCUGUUCCACCAAAAGCAGGCCAGGUUACGAAACACGGAGAUUUCACGUUCUUGACAACCAGCUGCAUCAUACCUAGAUUCCCGUACAAUCCUCUCGAUCACGCAUUAGCCAUUCCAGGCUUUAGGCACAUGGCGGAUGUAAUUAAGUCGAUUCCGGGAGGAGCUCGGUUCAUGCUAUUUCUAGGAGACUUCAUUUAUGUUGACGUCCCGAAACGUUUUGGCAGCUCUGCCGAGGACUAUCGCAGCAAAUACCGCCAAGUUUAUGCUUCACCAGAUUGGCCGAAGGUCGGGCAAAACCUGAGCUGGAUUCAUGUAUUGGACGACCAUGAUAUUGCGAAUGAUUGGGAUCGCAAUACCACAGGAGUCUAUCAAGCAGCAGUAGAUCCAUGGCACCACUACCACACUGCAGUCAAUCCACCAAAAGCUCGACAGGCUGGUACAUACAACACUCUCAGGAGCGAUGCAACUUAUUUUGAGUUUACACAAGGUCCGGCAACCUUUUUCAUGCUAGAUACGAGAACCCAUCGAGACUCAAAUUCAGCGCUUCCGGUCAAUAGCACAGAGAAAACCAUGCUGGGCGAAGAACAACUUGCAGACCUUCUCGCUUUUCUCGAGAAGCCUGAGCCGAAAGGAGUCAAGUGGAAGAUUGUCGUAUCAAGUGUCCCAUUUACGAAGAACUGGCGAGUGAAUAACCUAGAUACCUGGGCUGGAUUCCUCGGUGAGCGUCAGAAAAUCUUGGAGGCGAUGUGGGAUGUGGGUCUUCGAGGAGGGGUCGGUGUUGUGGUUCUCUCAGGUGACCGUCACGAAUUUGCUGCCACCGCUUUCCCUCCGCCAAAAGGAGGAGACUGGCCUAUCAGCGCGACCGUACACGAAUUUUCAACGAGUCCACUUAGUCAGUUCUGGCUCCCAACUCCGACAUAUCGACAGGUUGACGACGGAGAUAUUAUGAUCAAGUAUAUUCCUGCUGGUAAUUCGAAACUUGGAGCCGUUACAAUUGAGAACACCGGAAGCGAUCAGAGCAUCCUGAAGUUCCGCCUUUAUGUCGACGGCGUUGAAGCUUGGUCCUCGGUAAUACUUUCCCCGCCAUCUAUUUCGGGAAAGCGAUGGGGUAAGGACGUUCUGUGGGGAUAA